AUGAAUCGAAUGCCGAAUAUCGUUUCGGCAUUCGAUGACAAUGGAUGCAUUUUUUGCAAUGUGAACAAGGACAGUUGGCCAAACAUUUUGCAAAGCUCAUCCGUGUGCAGCUUACAUCUUAACUUCUUAAGCAAACAACCAGAUAUAAUAUUGGAUUCACCUUAUUUUGGUACACAAUUCGGUGCUUUUGAGAAACCUGACGAUCUAACAGAUUUUGAUUUGCAUCAAGUCAAUGGCAAAGGAUCAGCAACGACUCGUUUUCUGUCACCUUCAUUUACGAUUGAGCACAGUGAUGCUUUUGCCAUUACUUUACAUAGCGUGCCCUGCGAAGCACCUUCCUCCAGUUCAGAAGGAAUAUAUUGUUCUGAAGCUGAUUCGAGAAGCCCAAGUAACUUGGAUCAAAUAAGGCUAGAAGAUGUUAGACAUGUUCUUCUUAGUGACGACGUUGAGGUUACAAUAGCUUCCGAUGACAGUUCAUUAAUUUCAAAGGUCAAAUCUUUUGGCAAUGUUCUAGAUUUGGAUCCUGUAGAAGUGCUGAAUCCACCCGACAUAGGACACGAAGAAAAUAUUGAACUUGGUGAUGAUCUUGAGUCAAAUGAGGGCAACAGAAUCGAAAUGGAUAUCAAGGUUGCUGCUGAAGAGGACUCCAGAGAUGUUUAUGGUGGCAAUCCGACAUCCGGCAUGUCCAGGAAUGACUCCUUUCUAGACGUGGUUCUUCAUCUUCCUAAAAUUGCAUCUCUUCCUAAAAUUGCAUCUUUUUCUCUAUUUGCACCUCUUUCAUUCCCAUAUGAUUAUGAUGAUUAUGAUUUCAGAAUGUUCGAGUAG